AUGAGCGCGAGUACUACCAGUACCAACCUUCCAUCACGAGAACUCGUGAUACGGACGCAUCCACAACCCGCGGUACCCGCCGCGCCAUCAAAAGAAUAUCUCACGACCCUAUCUCCAGAAAUCCUCCUGUCUAUCCUGGAGUACCUCCCAACACGUGAUGUAUUUAGCCUUAUUUUAGUUUGCAAAGCAUUCUACCCCAUUGCACAUCAGAUCCUUUGGUCAUCUCCAUUGUUUCCUCAUACACUUAUACCGUGCGAAGACCUGAAACGUCGCUAUGCGGCAUCAAACUCAAACCCUUUGUAUUUGGGCUGGACGUUCGUCAAAACUUUCUCGCUCUGGACCCCUCAUCUACUAAGGGACAAGGAGUGUGUCAAGAUAUUGGUUGAACUAUUUCAAUCGGGCAAGCUGGAGCCUCGAUGCAUCAAUGUUGAGGAAUUUGCGGUGUCACACAUUGAAGAAAGCCUUCGCGUCCACGGUCAAGAGGUUUGGGAUUCACUAAUGGAGUAUUGUCGCUCCAAGCCUCCUGGGGAAAUACCGCUUUAUGUGCGUGCGCGCAGCUUCAAAAUCGUGCCGUUGAUAGACUUCCAGUAUUUGGUGAAGUUCCAACUAGAUUUCGGGCGUACAAACCCUGGGGAUGAAGAUGGUCGUAUUAUGAAUUUAACGACCAUACUAAAUACGGCUGUAAUGUUGAAAGACCUGUCACUCACUGCCAUUCGGCGUCCCUUCCCAGAAGAGGAUAUCGAUACCCUGGAAGAAGAAUCCCCAGAAGAUCUCGCAAGUCUCCAAAAAGCAUUCGAUAAGCUAAGUCGGUUGGAAAGACUCGUGAUUGGGAAUCUUUUCAUCAAGAAAUCAUUCUUUCUUACCCCUCCGAGCAACUUAAAAUAUCUGGAAAUAAAGACCACGACCACACCUUCUUGGUGGCUCAAACUAUCGAGAUGCUCUAUCCCAAAACUCGAGACAUUGAUCAUAAAUCAUCACCUUACGGGACAAUGUUGGGAUGACCGGGGGCAGUGGUCGAAUGAAAAGUUCCGAAUCAAUUCCGUCGCCAUCACGACCUUAACGCGGUUCUCCGGGGAGGGCCCUGUAUUCGGAACAAGUGAUUUUGCGGAUUGCGUCUUAGCAGUGAACAAGGGACUCAACGGAAAUCACGGAUUUGUUUCCGAAAGAGGGAAUCAAGUGGUCCCGAAUAUGCAAUCAUUCGCAAGCGUUAUGAAAGAUAUGAUGGACAAUAUCUUGGAAUCUACGUUAAACGAAUACACUUGGGAAAAUGUAGGACUGCUUCUGAGGGACCGAGGAACGAACUCUGUUGCUGAUAUUUUCGCACAGGAGUGUCUACGAACCCUAAAUGAGGACAUUUACAAAUGUCUAUCGGACGAGAUCAUCUAG